AUGGAAUCAACCACCGAAUCCUAUGACUUAUCAAAUAAAGUUAUUUUAAUUACUGGUUCUACAAGCGGAAUUGGUAAAAGUUUGGCUCGCAUAGUUUCAUCAUAUAAUCCAAAACGCUUAGUUCUUCCAGUCCGUAAUCGUGAAAAGGGUGAACAAACCUUGGAAUACAUUCGAAAAUCUCAAGAUGGGAAGGUUGAUUUUAUUGAAAUAUGGGAUAUGGAUUUAGCAGAUUUACAUAGUGUAAAAAGAUUUGCUGAUAAAUUUGUUAAGGAAGUUGGUGAAUUACAUUAUUUGUGGGAUCAUGCUGGUAUUUUUAAUUUUUCAAAGAAGAUGACAAAAGAUAAUUUUGAAGAACAAUUCCAAGUUAACCAUCUUUCACACUUUCUCCUAACUACUCUUCUAAUCCCCACUAUGAAAAAAUCUGCAACACCUGAAUCUCCGUGUAAAAUAAAUUUUACAAGUUCAGAUACUAUAAAAAUUGCUAAAAUAGAUUUAGAUAAUCUAAAUGGUGAAAAAUCAUGGUUUGUUGGACUGCAUGCUAACUCAAAAUUAAUGAACGUAGUGUAUAGCAAUGAACUUAAUCGUCGUUUAAAAAGUUCAAAUGUUAUAUCUUUAGCAUGUCAUCCGGGACUCGUAGAUACAAACAUGGGUAACGUUGCUCCAUUCUUUGUACCAUUAAAACACCUAUUCAUGUCGACGUUCGGUUUACCACCAGAUACUGGUGCAAAAUAUAUACUUUAUCCCGUCUUAAAAGCGACUAUUGAAGAUGGUGGAAAAUAUUAUGAUCAAUAUAAACUUGUGAACUUGACUGGUCAGGCAAUUGAUGAAGAAUUUGCGAAAAAGUUUUGGAGCAAAUGUGAAGAGGUGUUAAGAAAUUUUGACGUUAGCCUUUUAGAAUGA